AAAAGACUCUGGUACCAAAGUACUUGCAUAUUCAGUUUAAUAUUUUGCAACAAAAAACAUUCAGAGAGAGAGAGAGAGAGAGAUGAAGAAUCCAUUGUUAUCUGUAGUGUUAAAGAACUCUGAUGUGGCGUCCUCGACUUCGUAUUGUGUGAAGGAGAGAAGGCCUUGUGUUGGAUGGGUUGAUAAAUAUUUUAAAGAUUGUUUGUGUGACACUAGAGACAAGCUUUCGUUUGCUUCUGGUAUGUUGAGUUUAAUCAGCUGGGGAGUUGCUGAAAUCCCUCAGAUUAUCACCAACUUUCGGUCUAAAUCCAGCCAUGGUGUCUCCCUUUUGUUUCUCCUCACUUGGGUUCUUGGUGAUAUCUUUAAUCUGAUCGGGUGUCUUCUUGAACCUGUAACGCUCCCAACCCAGUACUACACUGCCCUGCUCUAUACAACAAGUACGGUGAUAUUAGUGCUGCAGUGCCUGUACUAUGAUCAUGUUUAUAGUUGGUGGAAAAGCAAAAAAGUGGAUGCUAAUCAACCGAUUGAAGAUGUGAAGAAACCUCUAAAACCAGCAAAGGAAAAUGAUGACGAUGACUCUGCAAUUCCAGCUACUGAUGAAGGCAAAAUCAACAGUAACUUCUAUUUCACAUCAGCACGUUCUUUGGCGGGCAGUGCUACACCACCUAAUCGGUCUUAUCUAUGGACUGCAAGAAGUGGUCCUUCAGCAUUGACACUUGACGGGGACUCAUCUUCUGAUGAUGAGGUGGAUGCUGCUGUAAUGACGAACAAGAAAUCCAAAACCCAACCAAAGCCAAUCCCGCGUUCUGCUGGUUAUGGUGCAUUUCUAGCUACUUCACUCAACCUGCCAAGAAGCACCAAAGCUCUACUCCAAGCUUCCGUAGCAUUUAGUGGGAGGAAACUCUUACAAGGGAAUGCAGAUACAGAAAAAUUUGUGGUCGGCCAGUGCUUAGGUUGGAUGAUGGCUGCUGUGUACAUGGGUGGCCGAAUCCCUCAAAUUUACUUAAAUAUUAAAAGAGGAAGCGUUGAGGGACUGAAUCCUCUCAUGUUUAUCUUUGCACUCAUUGCCAAUGUCGCUUAUGUGGGAAGCAUUCUCAUACGAAGCACGGAAUGGGAUAAAAUAAAGGCCAAUAUGCCAUGGUUGUUGGAUGCAGUAGUCUGCGUUGGACUCGACUUAUUUAUAAUAUUACAGUACAUCUACUACAGAUACCUCGGGAAGCGGACUGCUGGUGGGAGAGGACAAGAUGAUGACUAUUCGGAGAGCCCAUGAAACAAUGAUGCAGAAUGUUCCUGGCUCUCCAUUGCUUGCUGAUGAAGGCUACAGAGAUGAGAAAUCGCAUGAAUAAAUUAGUUUGUCUGGUGUAGCAGCUUUAAACUAGUUAGAGUAUGUAGUAUCAUGACUAUAUAGAACUUUGAGCAAGCCUAUAUUUCGUAUGAAUUAAUCAUGUAGAUGAAUCUGUAAUCGAGCUGAGUCGAGUCGAGUGAAGCUAUAAUUUGAAAAUAGUACAAUAGUUGCAUUGCAAAAUCGUACAAGGUUUUUUCACCC